AUGGAGACCAUGUUUGACGAUGGGAUCGAGCUACAACUUGCCCUGGACGGCCUGGCUGCGGGUGACAUGGAGCCCCUCAAGCACUACUUUCUCGACCUCGAGGCCGUCGAAUCCUGCAAAAUGGACAACGUCCAGGAUCUCAGCGAUCAGACAAGUGCGCUACCCGAGCGGUCGCUGGAGAGACCGACCGUCCGCUUCGAUGCCACGUCCACGCCUUUCACGUACUCCCCCCUCGGAAAGCGAGAGUUUCGACUGAUGAGGCUCGCGCCGCCAGAUGCGGAGGACUUCACACGCGAGAUUGAAGUGAAGACGUCCCGUCUGGACGAUGCACCACCUUUCUACUGCUUGUUCUACGUGUGGGGCAACCCAAAGGAGUUCUUACCGUUGACCUGUAAUGGCGGAAGGACACUUGUGGUCCAGAACCUGUACCACGCGCUACGCACCUGUUUCAAUCGAUCGAGCAACGCGUGGCUGUGGGCGGAUGGGCUGUGCAUCAACCAGGAGGACCUCCAUGAGCGGUCACAGCAGGUCAUGCUCAUGGGCGAGAUCUACAGCAGGGCGUCCGUGGUGCUCGCCCAUCCCCGUCACUAUUCGUACGGGCUCUCUGAGUCGGAGGCGGAGGCUGAAAGCGUCAUGACCUACGCGAACUGCCUUCGACUGGCCAGUCGGUCUGUACGAACACACAUACACAAUGCCCGGUCCUCCGUGACAGUAGGGGCCCCGCCCUUUGGGCACACCCUCCGCAACUACUCGGACAAGCCCGACUCCCGUCUUGACUCUGCCAAUCCGGAGCGCGUCUCUGCGUUCAAGAAGCAGCGCAUUGCGGAUCUACGCAAAGCGCAGCACGAUGAGAACCCCGAGGGCAGCGGUCUGUUUGACACUCCCUGGCCGCGUCUACCCUCCCGCGACGCCAAGUUUCGACUUACUCCUGCCGAGUUUCAGGAGCGCUUCGAUAGCCUCGGCGACAAGGAGGAGGUUACCAUCAUGGGUCGCGUGCGUCGCAAGCGCGUCUCGGGGUCCAAGUUAAUGUUUAUCGAUAUUGUCAACGAAUACCAAAAGGUCCAGAUCAUGGUCAACGCCGGCGCCAUCAGCGAAAAGAUAUUCUCCAAGCAACGUUUCGCGCUGUUUCGCAAUCUGAUCCAAGUGGGCGAUCACAUCGCGGUGACAGGCCGCAAGAGUGUGACCCAUUCGGGACAAAUAACGCUCACGGCUGUCGAUCUGCCCGAGCUCCUGUCCCCGGCCAUGGAGCAAAUCCCUGAGCAACUGUCAGAUGCCAAGACGAGGAUGCAGGAGCGCCAUGUUGACAUGCUUGUCAACCAAGAGUCCACAGACAUACUCCGUCUGCGGGCUGAGGUCACCCGCGGCAUGCGUGAGCAUUUCUGGUCCAAACGCUUCUUGGAGGCGCAGACGCCGAUACUCUCGGAGAAUGCAGGCGGCGCCACGGCGCGGCCCUUUGUGACGCACGCGACCGAGUUCAAGAACCGGGACCUCGCGAUGCGCAUCGCACCGGAGUUGUGGCUCAAGCGUCUCGUCGUCGGCGGCAUCGACAGAGUCUUUGAGAUCGGCCCAGCGUUCCGCAAUGAAGGCAUUGACGCCACGCAUAACCCCGAAUUCACCAUGUGCGAGUUCUACAGCGCAUACACCAACCUGACCGACCUGAUCAGCGAGACGGAGGAGCUCAUCUAUAAUCUGGCUGCCAAGUCGAGUGAACUCAUCAAGACGCAGCUCACGUCCCUCCCUCCUAUCGAUCUGGAGGUCUAUAAGCGUCCUUUUCGCCAGGUCGAAUUUGUGCCGGCGCUCGAAGAGGCUCUUGGCCUGCGGUUGCCCAAGCUUAGCUCGGAAAAUGCUCUGCCCGAGCUGCUUGCCGUCCUCAAGCUACGCAACAUCAAUCUUCCCGGCGAGACGCCCACCACGCUCCCCAAACUCCUCGAUCGUCUCGCGGCAGUCUACAUUGAGCCCCUCUCGCUCAAGCAGCCCAUCUUCAUCACGCAUCAUCCGUCUUGCAUGUCACCGCUGUCCAAGAGCUUCCUCUGCGAAAAAACUUUCCAGCUCGUAUCGGCACGCGCCGAGUUCUUUGUCGGCGGUCGCGAGCUGGCCAACAUGUACGAAGAGGAGAACGACCCCGAGGCGCAGAGGACGAAGCUUGCCAACCAUCAGAAGAUGGUCAAUCUGCCGGAUGGCGAGAUUGGCUUCCAGGAGCCCGAAGAGGCCGUGUCGGAUCCAGACAGCGGCUCGCAGAUUGAGACCGACGUCGAUGGCGAGACAUCACCACUCGACUCCAACUUCCUCAAAGCCCUCGACUAUGCUCUCCCGCCGACUGGCGGCUGGGGCUGCGGCGUCGAGAGGCUGGUGAUGCUGUUCUCGGGAGCCCAGAGAAUCAGCGACUGUUUGAGUUUCGGCAGCUUGAAGAAUGUUGUCGGCUUAUCCGCCGAAGAGAGGAAACUCGGUGGCAGUGACCCGUCGAAGCACAAUGACGCUGCUCACGACGACAAGAAGAAGUGA